UUUUUUUUGAGAUCAUUAACCGAGUUUCAUGAGUCAAGAACUAUAUACUGACACCGAUCCUGAUUAUCGAAAUACGCCCAUCUACUCUGGCAUUCCACCACCUUCUAUACGCGAUAUACAAUGGUCAACCCGUCAAUAUGACUAUCCAAACCAGCAACAUCAAGGUGAUCUAUCAAGAUACAAUCCUCAACGACAAUUGGAUAUAUCAACAAGGACUGACUCACCUCGUUAUCAGUAUUCACAGCAACAACAAGGUACUUUGUCAAAAGAACAUGAAUCAAUAUACCAACAUCCUGCUUCUUCUCAGUUGCAACCAGCUAUAGUUGAAGCUCCAGCACAGCCUCCUCUUCCUAUUGCACAACCAUUACCAAAGUUGGAUAUGCGAACGAGUACGGAUUUUAUUGAAUGUGGCAAUGAACAAGGAUCUAUUCAACUCAAUCUUCAAGAUCUCUGUUUAUGUAUUCAAGUAGCACCAGCAAAGAUAGAUUACGACUUUUUAUGUUCGAAGGAUCUUGUCAAAACAGCUUUAGAAUUAAAGGACAAAGGAAGGCAGGUACCUGAUCAUGUACGACAAUCAGCCAAAAAAAGAAGCAACCCAUUUGAUUGUAUUGGUAAACAUAUAUUCAUGAAUCGAGACGCGACUAAACUUGCGGCAUUGGAUGCAACAUUCCAUUUGACACCAUCGAAUGAAUCUACUGGCAAGACUUUUAUGUUUGCAGAUUUGUGUGGUGGACCUGGUGGAUUUUCAGAAUAUCUAUUUUGGCGUGUUCAUCAAUCGGAUGGAGGAUCGGCUCGAGGGUAUGGAAUGACACUACGAUCAAGUUUGACAGAAAAUCAUUGGCAUUUGGAAAACAUUUCUCCUAAUAUCACUGUGAAUUUUACUCAAGUAGAUGGGAUCGACGGUACUGGUAAUUUGUAUCAAAAAGCAAAUAUUCUCGAAUUUGAUGCUGUUGUAUCUAAUAAUACAAAGAAGCGUGGUGUUGACCUUGUAGUAGCUGAUGGAGAAGAAAACAAUGAUGGAAAAGAUGGAAAACUGGAAAGUCUGAACAAACAAUUGAUUCUUUGUCAAGUGAUUACGAUGUUGACUUGUCUCAAACAAGGUGGUACUUUUGUAUGUAAAAUGUUUGACAUGUUUGAAGAAUUUACAGCGGAUGUGGUAUGGCUUCUUUAUCAAUUAUUCGAGGGUGUAUGUAUUACGAAACCUUUGACAAGUGAACCUUCUAGUUCAGAACGCUUUUUGAUUUGCAAGAAAUUACGAUAUCAACAUCCAACAAAAUUGAUUGAUGCUCUUUUGGCUGUAAAUGAUGAAUUGAACAACAAGGAAGGACAAGUAGAUAGUUUUGUGCCUCGCCAGAUACUAGAAAAGGACCAAGUCUUUAUUGAUUAUGUCAAAAUGCGAAAUAUGAAAUUCCUAUUGAAACAAAUUGAUGCCUUGGAACAAAUGGAAACCUUUAUUGCAGAUCAGAACAAGACAAAUGUGUAUUCCCCGGAUAGGGUGAAAAGACAAAGUUUACAAGAAUGGCGGCUACCAUUAGAUGGAGAAUAGUUUAUUAUUUAUUUGUGUUUUUUUUUUUAUUUAUUUAUUUUUUUUUUUGGAAUAUGAAUAAAUAGGAUAAAGCGAAAGAAUGGUUUAUGAAUCAUGA